GCGGGGCCGCCCGGGGGCGGGGCCAACCCGAGCGUCAACGGCGGCAGCAGCGCCGGGCUCAGCCGGGCAGCGCCGAGAAGUGCCGAGUUCAGCCGAGCGGAGCCGAGUUCAGCCGAGCGGCGGCGAAUGCAGCGAGCGGUAGCGCGGGUGCUGCGCGGGGCGCGGACCCCGCAAAUGCUGACCUCCCUGGUUCGGACCCCCCAAAUGCUGACCCCCCUAGUUCGGACCUCCCAAGUGCUGACCCCCCUGGUUCGGACCCCCCCGGUGCGGGCGCGAUCGGCCACGGCGGGGACCCCUCCGCUCGGGCUGCUCUACGAGCGGCACGGGGAGCCCGCAGCCGUCGUGCAACUGAAGGAUCUGGAAGUGCCUAAGCUGGGGGACUGCGAUGUCCACGUCAAGAUGUUGGCAGCCCCCAUCAAUCCUGCCGACAUCAACAUGAUCCAAGGGACCUACGCCCUCCUGUCGCCGCUGCCAGCCGUGGGGGGGAACGAAGGUGUCGGGGAGGUGCUGGAGGUUGGGCGCCGUGUGACAGCUCUGAAACCUGGGGACUGGGUCAUCCCCGCGGACGCCGGGCUCGGGACGUGGCGGACGCGGGGAGUGUUCCCUGAGGAGAUGCUGCUGAAGGUGCCCAGUGACAUCCCUGUGCUCUGUGCUGCCACUCUGAGCGUCAACCCCUGCACGGCGUUCCGUCUGCUGGCUGACUUCGAAAGCCUGGCGCCCGGUGACUCUGUCAUCCAGAACGCCGCCAACAGUGGUGUGGGCCAGGCCGUCAUCCAGAUCGCCAGGGCCUCCGGCGUCAAGACCAUCAAUGUGGUGAGGGACAGACCUGAUCUCCCAAAACUGGUGGAGAGGCUGAUGGCCCUGGGUGCUGACCAUGUCGUCACAGAGGAGAUGCUGAGAAAGCCAGAGAUGAAAGAUAUAUUUAAGAGCAUCCCGAGGCCCCGGCUCGCCCUGAACUGUGUCGGAGGCAAAAGUACCACAGAGAUGCUGCGGCACCUGCAGCCCAAGGGGACCAUGGUCACCUACGGGGGGAUGGCAAAGCAGCCUGUGAUGGUGCCUGUGAGCGCCUUCAUCUUCCGCGACAUGCGGUUCCGUGGGUUCUGGAUGACGCAGUGGCGGAAGGACCACGCACAGGACCAGGAGAGCGUGGCUGCGAUGAUGGAUGCCCUGUGCCAGCUCAUCCGCAGGGGCCAGCUCACGGCGCCAGCCUGCACCGAGGUCCCGCUUCAGGACUACAGGGCAGCGCUGGAGGCCUCCAUGAAGCCCUUCGUGUCCUCCAAGCAGAUCCUCCUCCUCUGACCUGCAGCUCCUGGAGCCCUGUCCUGUUCCACAUGCUUGUCCACAGACUUGAGUGGGGAAAAGACCCUCCAGAUCCAUUGAAUUUCUUUUUUUUUUCCUUUGUUUAUCACAUUGUGGGUGCCCACUGAAAGCUUUAAAAGCCUCCGCAGCUUUGUGUGGAAGUGCUGCGGGAGGGAGGCUGCAUCUCACUGUGGCUGGGGUGAGUUUGGGAUCCCAAAUGAUGGCUCGCUCAGCUCAGGGUGUGAAAAGAGCAGCAGUUCCCCCUCAGAUGUGCUUUUUGGGGCUGGCAGGGCUGUAGUUAUCCCAGCUGGAAUGUGGGAUGGGCAGGGAAGCCCAAGUCAUCUCCCUGCAGCCCUGCUGCCUCCAAGUAGGAGGAGGAAGGGACAUUGACUGCCCCAAAUGGUGAGGGAUGCUGUGGUUGCAGUGGCCCUAGGUGCUGCUGCCGCUCCUGGAGGAGCCCUGGGUCACCCCUGGCUGGGUUUGGCCAAGGGCACUGCAAGGGCUGGGGCCAGACCCUCAGUGUCCCUGAAGGCCCUCCUGGCCGGGUGUGGAACAGUGACUGUGACACUGCAGAGCAUUGUGAAAAGAUUUAUUAUUGACAACAACCA